AACAAACUUAAUUAACAUUUUUUUGAAAUAUGCAAUCUUUGGUUUUCACAAUUAUGUUUUCACAAUUCUUUUUAGCGGGGCUGAAGAUUAAAUCUUUGGUUUUCAGGGAGUCAGUAAAAUUUUCUGUUGGGGACAAUGGCUAUUACUGUGAGACUCAUGGCUACAAUGGUAGCAUUACUUGGUAUAAAAAGUUCUCAAGAAAGAAUAGGUGGAAAGGAUAGCCAAAGAAGAGAAUACAAGCAAAACCAUAAGAACUGGUGGAGUAAGGGGGAGCAAUCAACCGCUUUAGCAACUGCUACUGGUUCUAGCUUACAGCUUGGAGUAGAUACUGUUCCAGUCCUUGUUGGCCCUGUGUCCUACUUGUUGCUGUCUAAACCUGCAAAGGGUGUUGAGAAGAACUUCUCUCUCCUCUCCCUUCUUGAAAAAAUCCUUCCUAUCUACAAGUGAGAUUUUUUAAACUUACCAUCUAUGUCAUUUAUUCCGGAUCUAUGGAAGAACAACCGCAUUUCUUGCAAGUGUUAAAAGAUAUUUUUAAACACUUUAGAAUUUUGAUUAUAGUAUUAGAUUAAUUUCAA